UGGACAGCCGCCGGGCGCGCCUUCCUGGGCAGGACAGUGGACACGGGCAGCAGGACUUUACCACCGACUGUAGCCCAGCUGGGAGCGACGCCUUUUACCAUGGAACCCGUGACCAAGUGGAGCCCCAAACAAGUGGUGGACUGGACCAGAGGGCUGGACGACUGCCUGCAGCAGUAUGUGCACACGUUUGAACGCGAGAAGAUCAACGGCCAGCAGCUGCUGCGGAUCGCCCACCAGGAUCUCGAGGAGCUGGGCGUCACUCGAAUCGGACACCAGGAACUUGUGUUGGAGGCUGUCGACCUUCUCUGUGCACUGAAUUAUGGCCUUGAAACUGACAAUAUGAAGAACUUGGUUCUGAAAUUGCGAGCGUCUUCUCACAACUUACAGAAUUAUAUAAGUAGCCGGCGGAAAAGUCCAGCUUAUGAUGGGAACACAUCCCACAAGCCCCCCAAUGAAUUCUUGACUUCUGUGGUGGAGCUCAUAGGUGCUGCCAAGGCCUUGUUAUCUUGGCUGGACCGGGCCCCAUUUACAGGGAUCACCGAUAUCUCAGUCACGAAGAACAAAAUCAUUCAGCUUUGCUUGGACUUGACCACUAUAGUCCAGAAGGAUUGUCUUGUAGCAGAAAUGGAGGAUAAAGUUCUGGCCGUAGUCAAGGUUUUAAAUGGCAUCUGUGACAAAACAAUCCGAUCUACCACGGAUCCUGUCAUGAGCCAGUGUGCAUGCCUGGAGGAAGUCCACUUACCGAACGUUAAACCUGGGGAAGGCCUGGGCAUGUACAUCAAAUCGACCUAUGAUGGAUUGCACGUGAUCACUGGGACCACCGAGAACUCUCCUGCAGACAGGUCUCAGAAGAUCCACGCUGGCGAUGAAGUCAUUCAGGUUAACCGCCAAACUGUGGUGGGAUGGCAGCUAAAAAACCUGGUGAAGAAGUUGAGAGAGAAUCCCACAGGUGUCGUGUUACUGCUCAAGAAGCGCCCCACGGGUUCUUUCAACUUCACCCCUGCGCCCCUGAAAAACCUGCGCUGGAAGCCGCCUCUCGUGCAGACCUCGCCUCCGCCCACCACAUCCCAGUCCCCUGAAAGCACCAUGGAUACCUCGCUGAAGAAGGAAAAGCCAGCCAUCCUGGACCUUUAUAUUCCUCCUCCGCCAGCCAUUCCCUACUCUCCCCGGGAUGAGAACUGGAGUUUUCUGCACGGAGGACCCAGCAAGUGCAAACGGCCAGCGCCAGGUCCCAAGCGUUCCGAGUCCCCGAACUCCUUCUUGGACCAGGAGAGUAGAAGGCGGAGGUUCACUAUCGCUGACUCCGAUCAGCUACCUGGGUACUCGGUCGAAACCAGCAUUCUGCCCACAAAAAUGAGGCAGAAAACACCCUCGUACGGCAAGCCCCGGCCUUUGUCUAUGCCUGCGGAUGGCAGCUGGAUGGGCAUCGUGGACCCUUUCGCCAGACCUCGGGGUCCUGGGAAGAAAGGUGAGGACGCCCUUUGCCGCUACUUCAGUAACGAACGGAUCCCUCCGAUCUUCGAGGAAAGGCCCUCGCCCCCGGCCCGGUUCUCCAGGCCCACCGUGGAGCGGCAGCUGGUCCGCGGCGCGGACUACAUCCGAGGCAGCCGGUGCUACCUCGGUCCGGAUCUCCACAGCAGCGCCACCAUCCCGUUCCAGGAGGAAGGGACCAAAAAGAAACCUGGCUCCUCCGGGGCCAAGUCCUCGUCCACAGAGCCGUCCCUGCUGGUCAGCUGGCUGACUCGCCUGAAACUGUUGACUCACUGAGCCCUGCCCUCCGGGGACUCCCCACGGUCUCCUGCUCCCAAGUGCCUUCCCCCUCAGUGGCCGGCCGUGCCGAUUUCCACGCACAGUAUUAUGUAGACACCUUUUGCAAGUUCAUUUUCCUUCUUUUUUUGAAAAUCAUAGGCCGACCUUCUUGGAGCGGUGAAGGAAGUGGGUGGGAACAAACCAGAGGGUCUUGGUGCUGGCUGGGGACAGGAGGAGAGGUGGCCGGGUCCCCUCUCCUUGCUGCCUUGGGUGGGAACAGGCGUCCGUCUCCAGACCGCAGCCUCGGCCAGAAGGUCGCAGUGCGGAGGAGCGGCCCGGGCAGCAUUCGUUUGGGGGGCGGGAAAGAAUUGGUGGCCAUUGUCACACAGGUGUGUUGGUUUGUGGUCCAACUUCUUCACCCGGAACAGCCAGCGGAGGAAACAUCGUGGUUUUGACUUUUCAAGCUACACCUCACGUUUGUAAGUGUAGCCGCUUUGACUUGGACAUGCCAUUCUCAGACAUGUAGACGGGUUACACUUGGUUCAUCCCUGAUCCUAAGCAUCUCAGCAGCGGUGGCUUCAUGCAGAAACACUGAGAUACGGCUUCUCACACACUGAGAAGUUUAUGGUUCUGAGGGCAUCGUUGUUAGAUAUUGUCUCUGAGGGAGAAGACGCUGUAAGAUUUGCUGAUAGCCAAAGCCUCACUAAGAAACACGAAACAGCAGGACUUGUUUAUGAGAGACACCAGUUUGCAUUUUGACCUGUUCAGGGGGUGUCUUCCAGGAAAGGACAGGCAGUGCCUCAAUAGUACACAUUUUGCUAAUUAGAAACAUCUUGGCAAGUCUCACGGUCACACAUUUUCAAGUAGC